UCUUCUAGUUUUCCCUCUCAUUCAUCUCUCUCUUUCCCUUCUACUGCUGGCUAGCAAGAGAAAAUCUUUUUCAAUUUCUCGUAGAUCCCAUUUUGGGAUUCAAAGGCCUUUGCUUUUGGUUCUGAAAACGUAUUUGAAACUCUGCUUUGUUCCCUCUUUUUCGUUAAUUCAUCUUUUCUUCGGUCAAAUUUGAAGAAAGGAGUACGGGGAACCCUAGAAAAAUGGGGGAAUCCUCGAGAAUGAUCGAUGUGGAGAAGCUGAUAUCUUACAGCGACGAUCUGGUGGAGGUGUUAAAGGACAAAAGGGACGUUAACAACUUAACCCAGUGUUUCCAGCACUUGAACGAUCUCCACUCGCAUUGCGACUCUGAUUCCAAAGAGGUUCACCGAUUGCUUCAAGAGUAUGAAGAAAAGAUCGAAGCUUGUAAGAAGAAAACGGAGCAGGCGAAGUCUGAGGUUGCCAAUGGAGCUGAAAUGGAGUCUUUGCAGAAGGAAUUGAAAGAGGAACUUGAGAAAGAACGUGAACUCAUGGAGGAGCUUAGGGCUAUUGGUAAUGAGAUAAGUGAGCUGGAUCGCCAGAGGGUUUCUAUCGACGAGCGGAAGCAAAAGCUGAGGAAAUUUGAGCAAGACAAGUUCAAAGAACAGAGGAAGCUUUCGAUGUAUGCUUCUAUAACUAGUAUCAUUCCGGACUUGGAAGAUAAAUCCAGAAUCUCAGGCCAUAUAGUGGAUAGAGAUAGAAAGGUAGUAGAGAAGUUUGAAUUUGACCCAUCAAAGAUGACUGCUUCUGAUGUUUGUGAUCGCAUAUGGAAGAUGAUAAAUUCCCAAUAGGCAUUGGACAUACAUUCUCGGUGUUAAGAUAUGUAAUCAAAUAUGUAAAUUUUGUGUGUUUUUAAUGCUUCUAUCCAAGCAUUUUACAUGUUCCUAACUUUUGAUCUUGUUAUGUGAUCAAUGAUUUCGAUUCUUAAAGAGCCAUUGAUAUCGUAGAAGGUUGGACUCUGUCAGUGUAACCAUUACCUUGUUGAAAGAACCAAAAGCAUUUUGUUGAUGAUGAAUCUA